UUAAAACAGUAUAUUAAAGCCGAUAUUGCGACAUAUUUGCUGUUUUUAAUGUUUAGUAGCACCGCUGCGCACGCCCAAUGUGACGUGUACAAGUGCUGAUGUUAACGGCGCGGUCUCGCGGCGCGGGAGCCUUUGAUAUGCAUACCGAGGAAGCCCCCCUCAAUCCCCCGCAAUUCUUGCACUUUGGAGGCAGGAUUCAGAAUUUUUCGUCUUUGUCUUCCGUCUUCGCCGACACCAUAUGCACGCGAGGCGCGUCCGCUGCUCAGUCAUUACGUCUUUGUAUCGCAGAGUCGCCAUGUAAACUGCCCCUUAGUCAAAAUAACUUAAACCCAAUGGCAGCCAAUGAGUUAAAAAUUCAAGUCGAGCAACCACAAAAUGUUUUGUUUUGUUUUUUUAAUUCUGUUCACAAUUCUUUCAAAAACAAACAUAUUAUCAUGGUUUAUGACAACCAACUUAAAGGUACAUGAGGAGCUUCCACACGAGUAAUGCAAAAACCAGACUGUACUUUUUCAGUCCAACGCAUGCUGUUAUCUGCAUGUGUAAACACGGCGAGUAAAAAAGGUGCAAAACCUCGACAAACAAGUCUUUCAGCUCUCGACUUCAACCGAACUUUGUCUCCCGAGGCUUAACAAACUCCGAAGUGCAUUCUUGAUAACACCCGGCGCUGCGAUGCGCUCACUGGAAGGUAUUUAUAAACGCGUUGACGCCACGCCAGCGAAUGUCAACGGCCGCCUCUGAUGGAGACACUGACUCGUGCCAGGUGCCGGCACAUCUGUUGCUCAAACGGCAGCUGCUUUGGCUGCGACUUUGGCGACAGUCGACGCCAGAGUCAAUAUAGCGGCAGCGUGGUAGUUUAGCUUCUGUUGUAGUCUUAAAGGAACAGCUAAAAAAGACACAGAAGAUCCGAGUGAAAGUCUUUGGCCAAUAACAGGAAGUAGAAGCUCGUCUUGUGACUUGUCAGCACCUCAGCUGCACAGCUCUUGUGCACCGUUUACGCGUCGGCCGCCAUUUAAUGCCUGUCACAGUUUGUACGGAAUGAGUCCCGGUCCAGCCCCCGGGCUGUACAGUGGAGGCAAAAGUGGGGGAAGGGAGGCAUCAGCUGACACAACUAUGUCACUGACUUUAUUAACUACAAAGCAAUCCUCAAGAGCAGGACACAUUUGUAAAAUAUUUAGCUGGAGGUAGAUGGUGUCUUCACGCUUUAACGUGGGAAGGACAACAUUUUAGGCCAUGACUUUACAACCCCUGGCAUUAGCUGAUUAGGACCUGACACAGGAACAAGUAAUUGGAACGGACAGUAGAGGGAAGGAAUAAUAAAACAAAAAGGGAAAAAAGCAAAGCACAGCAGCUCUCUCUCUUGCCAUUUAACUCUAGUAAGUUCCACGCUGAAACAUAGUGACAAGCAGGUCAGGUAGACCCGAUGACUAAGACUAUUUAACCUUCUAUGGGGCAAAGCUAUUACAAUCAAAACGCUACUCUUUUCUUUUAGGGAAAUAACAGUCUUGCCGUCAUUGACUGUGUGUUGAAUGAAAAUAUUGUUAGCUUGAAUAUUGUCACUAAAAUUAGCAAGGGUUCUAGUCGUGAACUCAAAGGAAGUACUUAAUAACUGCGAAAACCCAGUUUUUGAUUAAUGACGUUUGCCCAAAUGAAUUUACAUUCUCGCCCGAAAAACACCCUUUAACCCCCACCGGGCGUGUUUGCAGUGUUCCCUCACUAAAUUCAAUUUCCUCUGAAUUGCCGUUAAUUUGUAGAUCUUAAGCAAACCUUUAGCGUGAUUCAUCCAGGGCAAUUAGAUCAGGUGUUUUCAUUCUUAUUGAAUUGAGGGCCAUCAGUGGGCAAUUCAAAAGGCACCCGGUCCGGGCUCCAUUGGCGCUUAGCCCUUCAGUGACCUGUUCACUUUCUGCCGCAUGAUCUCUCCACCCCCUUUGUCCCAUCUGAACCUGAUUAUCUGGCUCAUUAGCAUUGUUAUCCCGAGCUGGGUGUCAAAGCCUUUUCAUUCUGAAGAACCCUGUUGCCAGUCUGUUCUGGGCUGCUAUUGCUGUGAAGAAAUGGAGAAGACUGCAUGGGUGAUGAGGACUAAAGUAUUAACGAGUGCAGAAGUGGACGAUGAUUAGAGCUUUCCUGAUGUUGCCGUCUUGCAGCGAUGGCCUGAGGGAGUCUGCGCACUAAAACCAAGAGGCUGAUAUGCUUUGAGGAUGAGCGGCGUGGGAGAAAACUCGUCCGACCCUGCCAGGGCAGAGUCGCGGAAACGUAAAGAAUGUUCUGCUGAACUUCUUGGGCCCAGUCCGAAGCGGAGCAACGAGAAACGCAACCGCGAGCACGAGAACAAGUACAUCGAGGAGCUCGCCGAGCUGAUCUUCGCCAACUUCAACGACAUCGACAACUUCAAUGUUAAGCCCGACAAAUGUGCCAUCCUAAAGGAGACUGUGAAGCAAAUCAGGCAAAUCAAGGAGCAAGAAAAAGCGGCCGCCGCCAAUGAAGAGGAGGUACAAAAGGCCGAUGUGUCGUCCACGGGCCAAAGCGUGAUUGACAAAGAUGCCUUGGGACCCAUGAUGCUCGAGGCCCUUGACGGCUUCUUCUUCGUGGUGAACAUGGAAGGCAACAUCGUCUUCGUGUCUGAGAACGUGACUCAGUACCUGCACUACAACCAGGAGGAGCUGAUGAACACCAGCGUCUACAGCGUGCUCCACGUCGGAGACCACGCCGAGUUCAUCAAGAACCUGCUGCCCAAAUCCCUCGUAAACGGCGUGCCGUGGUCCAGCGAAGGUCCGAGGCGCAACAGCCACACCUUUAACUGCCGGAUGCUGGUGAACCCGCACGGCGAGAACCCGGAGCAGGCGCACGAGCACGAGCCGCAACAGCAGCAGAAGUACGAAACCAUGCAGUGCUUCGCCGUCUCGGAGCCCAAGUCCAUCAAAGAAGAAGGAGAUGACUUCCAGUCGUGCCUGAUCUGCGUGGCUCGCAGGGUCCCUAUGAAGGAGAGGCCCAUGCUGCCUACGCACGAGAGCUUCACCACACGCCAAGACCUCCAAGGCAAGAUAACCUCUCUGGAUACCAGCCUACUGCGGGCCUCCAUGAAGCCGGGCUGGGAAGACCUGGUGCGCCGUUGCAUCCAACGCUUUCACCUGCAGAACGACGGCGAAAUGUCUUUUGCCAAACGGCACCAGCAAGAAGUGCUUCGCCACGGUCAGGCCUUUAGCCCCAUCUACCGCUUCUCCCUUUCGGACGGAACCAUUGUAUCGGCCCACACCAAGAGCAAAUUGGUGCGCUCUCAUGCCACCAAUGAACCUCAGCUUUACAUGUCCCUGCACGUUCUUCAGAGAGAGCAGACGGUGUGCGGCAUGGGCCAGGACAUGGGUCCCGGCGCCCAAGCCACGGGCAUGGCUCCAAAGCCCAUGAACUCCUCAACCCCCUCCAUGACUCCGCCAACCCCGGGCAGCUUGCCAGGCGCAGGACCUCAGGGCCAAGACAUUAGCAACAGCACGCCUUUCUCCCCUCCGGGCCCCGCUGGCCCCAGAGAGCCGGCGGCAAUGGGGGGGCACAUGCAGGGCUACCGCUACGGCUGCCCCCCGCCGCACAGUCACGCCGGAGGGAUGCAGCCGCCGCAACAGGGCCAAAACUGGAGAAUGAACAGUCCUUCCCGUGCCAGCCCCAGCCCAGUCGGCGGCCCCCAUCCGCCUCAGCAGAACUGCAUGCUCUCCCCCAGGCAUCGCGGCAGCCCCGGGGGAGCGGGCAGCCCACGUGUCGGCCUCCACUCUCCCUCCCCGGUGGGGAUGGGUGGCGGCUCCACGAGCGGCCACGGCAACAGCUACACCAGCAGUUCUCUUUCAGCCCUUCAGGCCCUAAGCGAGUGUCACGGAGUCGGUCACGGGCACACGCUGGGGUCUCCAGAUCGGAGGAUAGGUUCCCCUGCGAGCGCCCCGGCGGGAUCCGGGCCUCAUCUCUUGUCGAGACCGGGACCGGGUACCGUGGACUCUUUCGAUGCGGGACAAGGCGGACACACGCCAGGUCAGACUGACGGUAACCUCACCGACCCCAAAGAAGAGCCCCAGGACGACGCUCACGCUCGUCUUCAGGACAAGGGGCAUACUAAGCUUCUCCAGCUGCUGACCACCAAAACCGAGCCUUUGGAGACGCCCCUUUCCCCCAACGCUGGUGCGGAGAGCAAAGACGGACCCGGGGUUCGCGGCGGCCUUUCUGGCGUGACGACACACGCUACAUCCCUUAAGGAGAAACACAAAAUCCUUCACCAGCUGCUUCAAAACAGCACGUCUCCCGUGGACCUGGCUAAACUUACCGCGGAGGCCACCGGGAAGGAGCUGGGUCAAGAGCAAGGCCAGGGUGCUUCCGGCACAGACGGUACCCUAAAGCAGGAACCUCUGAGCCCCAAGAAAAAGGACACCACUCUACUACGUUCCCUAUUGGGCAAGGACGACGGCGGGCUGAAGGACAAGACAGCCAAGCUGGAGCCCGGAGAGGUGAAGGUGGAAGGGGGCAAACAUCCACUUGUCAAAACUGAGAAACCAGACGCUGGGUACGAUCAAGCUGAACAGUCGUCGGAGCUGGACGACAUUUUAAACGACCUCCAGAAUGCCCAGCCGCAGCUGUUCUGCGAGCCGCGGCCCGUGUCGCUGCCCAGUCCCAUGGACAAGCAAAACAUUAUCAACGACAUCCUGCAGAUGUCCGAGAACAGCCCGGCGGCGGCACACCCGCAACACAAGAACGUCGCUGGUGGCAUGGGUCCCACGAAUUUUGCUGGCGUACGAGCAGGCUUGCCCGGUAGGGCCGGACCGGCCAGGAGCGUGUCGCUAGAAAUGAGCGCGUCGCCGCAAUACCCCAUGAGAAACACCAGUCCUUACACGCUUGUUCAACAGCAACAGCAGCAAGGCAUGGUGGGAAACCACGGCAUGAUGGCGAACCAGGCCAAUAUGGUCGUCCCGGGAAUGAUGGGUCCGGGUGCCGCUCGUCAGCAAGAAGGUUGGGCGGGCUCAGCCUUGACUCCUCAAAUUGCCCAAGGUCGGAUGGGCCCUGGCGGCGCCCCCAUGAGGUCAGGCGGGCAGCCUGGGCCGAGGCAAAUGCUCCAGACCUCUAUGAUGUCCAAUGCCCAACCCGACAUGGACAUGAGUAUGGUGGGCCACUUCACUCAGCAGCAACAGCAGGCUCCGCCCAAUCAGACGGCACCCUGGCCGGACAGCAUGAUGCCCAUUGAGCAGACUGCUUUCGUCAACCAGAACAGGUCACUACACCCGACUCCUCAGGAGGAUUUGCUGUGUAGUAUGGGCCUGGGCGGGAGCGAAGGGGGUCCGGUGGACGAAGGGGCUCUCAUGUCUCAGCUCUACACGGCGCUGAAGGAUUGCGACGGUCUGGAGGAACUGGACCAGAUGCUUGGCAUCCCUGCUCUGAUAGAACAGAACCAGACACUAGACCAGGACCAGUUCCCACAAGACCCUUCCUCCUUGAUGCUGGAGCAGAAGCCCCCCAUGUAUGGCCAGCAGCAGUUUGGCCCGCCUCCCUCCCACAUGGCGCAGAGGGGCUACCCUGGCGCGCCCAUGCAAGAGGCGGGGUUCCACCCCAUGGCUGGCCAGAUGGCGCCGCGGCCCGGGUACCCCAUGAUGAGAAUGCAGGCCCGGGCGGGACUGAGGCCCGGCGGGGUGGUCCCGAACCAGCCCAACACGCUGAGGCUACAGCUGCAACAUCGGCUACAGUCGCAGCAGAACCGACAGCCAAUGAUGUCUCAGAUGAGUAGCGUGUCAAAUGUCAACCUACCUCUCAGAUCCAAUGCUCCCAAUCAGCAGGGGACCAUCAACGCCCAGAUGCUAGCGCAGCGUCACCGCGAGCUGCUGAGCAACACCCUUCGACAACGGCAACAGCAACAGCAGCAGCAGCAGAGGAGCAUGGCCAUGCGGGCGCAGGGCCUCAACUUGCCACCCAACAUGAGCAACCCGCGGAUCCCCCAGGCCAACCCCCAGCAGUUCCCCUACCCGCCCAACUACGGUACCGGUACAGGCCUGGCCUCGCCACCUCCUCCUAGCAGCCCCUUCUCCUCCUCCUCCUCGCCUCUGUCCUCCCCCAGCCUGCCGUCUCUCGCCACCAACCCCCAGCUCCACUUGCAUGGCACCUCCUCUUCCUCCUCCACUUCCUCCUCCUCCUCCUCCCAGCAGAUGAUGAUGGGAAACACAAACAUGAUGGGCGGACAGUACGGGGCCGUACUCAGCCCCCAAAUACAGCACAGUGCCUUUCAGUUUCCCAACUCAGGUAUGAGCCAGCAGGCAGAGGGCGGUUUCGGGGGUCCCGGCGCGCCACCUAGCCCGCUGCUGUCCCCGCGAGUGGCGCAUGCUCAGCAAUCCCCCAUGAUGCAGCAGGGCCCGGGCGGCGCCCCCUUCCAGGGCUCGCCCGACAUUAACGGCUGGACACAGGGGAACGUGGCGGGCAACAGCAUGUUCUCACAACAGCAGGCGUCCCCUCAGUUCACCCAGCAGCAGCAACAGCAGCAGCAGAAUAACGGCAGCAUGUACAAUGGCGUCCCCGGAAUGGGGCAAAUGGGCCAGAUGGGCGUCACCAUGUCGUCGCCCGGCUUACCCUCCAUGGGACAGGAGCAGAAAUACUGUUGACUCGUAUUGAGUUGGACCUCCGGAGCAAAAAAAAAAGUGUGCGAACGUAAGCGACCCGCAGCCCUCAAAGAUGACAAAAAUACAGCCAGGCUUCUGUCUGCAUUCACCGUAGUGUGACUUACUGUAGGCCCCGCCUCUUUUUUCGUCCUGAUGAAUGUAUUCCUCUCAGCGGACUGCGGCUAUUUACAAUCUCAUCUCGAAAAAAAAAGAAAAAGAAAACCAAACCGGUUUCUCACGGGAAAAAAAGUUUGCCUUUUUAAACGGUUCCUUAUUGUACGACGAUAAUUCAUCUUGUUCGGGGUGCGGCGCGUGAGGUUGAAGUCGUGGCAAACACUGCAGAAGAAUGAUUUGAGGUUUAUAUAGUGUAUUAAAUUAAGUUUUAUUUUUCUGUAUAGAUUCCGUUUUAAUAAGAAUAAUUCCUGUAGAUGGCUUUAUCUUCGUAGCAUCUGAGACUUAAUAAGAGACUAUUCUUUAAAAAAGAAGUCCAAAUCGAAUGAAUUGUACAUACCGAUAAGUAAUACUGUUUUUUUUUUCUAUUUAUUUGAUUUCUCUUUUGUGUUUAGUCCGCCCUGUCUGCUUAUUAUUUUGUUUUCUUCAUUUUUUCUUGAUUUUCACCACAUCCGGUACAAAGCAGAGCAGGGUGAGGCUGGGUGUAUACAGUGUACAGAUAUCGCUUAUUACUGCUUCUUCUCGCCUUUAGCGUAGACACGGUCGACACAGCCAUACAAUAACUUUUAAAUAAAAACAAGGAGCUUUCUAUGUUGUUCAAUACAAGCUGCUAGGUGCAUUUUUGGUGUCAUGUAAACGAGCAAUAACUUUUUUUUUUUUUGUAAUUCUUGUACAGUUUCCUAAAUGGAAGGAAAGAUACUUUUUUGGGGGGGAUGCAGUGUUAAAAGGCCCUUAUUUUUAAUGCUGUUUUUAAGACAAGUUUUGGAUUAUGCAGCACUUGGCCGAGGCUCUUAAUAGACAGACAGCCAUAUUGAAACGUCCUCAGGCAGUUGUUGGAGCUAAAAUGGCGCAAAAAAAAGUUUUUUUUUUUCGUGCCACGCUUUUUUUUUUUUUUUUAAUAUCUGUCGGAUUUCAGGGGUGGGGAACCUGCGAUUCGAAAACAUUUUCAAGUUACAUUUAUUGGAAAGUAGCGUUUUAGCCACACAAAAGUAAUCAUAAUGGAUUGGAUGUUUAUACUAACUACCACAACACGUACUAUGUGAGUGCAAUGCACACAUAAGCUGGAAGUUUUUCAGGUACAGCAAGUAUAAGCAGUUAAAAAAAUCAAUUUCAGAAACAUUCUAGCUUUAGAAAUUCCCAAUUCCUGCUCAUUUAAACUUAUUAAAAUGCAUUUUUUUAAAAUGACAUUAGAUCAUGAAGAAACGCAAACAUAACAUUGUGUCGUAAACUAUGAAAAUGUCUUCACACCCCUUUGUUAACCCAUCAUUAAGCAAGUGAUUUUUUUUUUUUUUUUUUUUUUUAUGAUUAGGGCUGCAGCAAUCGAUUAUUUAAGUAAUGAUUAAUCUAUCAAGUAGUUUGAAUAAUCGUGUAAUUUGAUUAGGAACAUUUAAUGUGUUGCAGAAUCAAUUUUAGCAGAUGUAUAACAAAGGUUUACUAAGAUUAUACUUUCAAAAGAGGAUUAAAUGCAAAUGCUAAAUAAAAUUCCCGAGUGUUUCUUCAAACUAUGCAGAAUUUCAUAGAAAAGAUGAAAAUGAAUGAGGAUCUAAGUACAACAAAAGAGCAAUUGGCUAAUUUGCAUUGCAAAAGUCCGCUAGCUUAAAUGCUAUAAAAUGCUUGUUUUUUUAACAAUGCUCAUAACAAAUCGUUCUAACACAUAUUCUACUAAAGAUAUCUAUAAACUAAAUUAUGAAUGCAUAAAAAACAUACAAAAAAAAGAACAAAUGGCCAAAUUGCAUUGCAAAAGUCUGCUAGCUUAAAUGCUAUAAAAUGCUAAUGUUUAACAAUCCUCAUAACGAAUCGUUCAAACACAUUCUGCUAAAGUAAAAAAAUGAAUGAGGAUCUAAGUACAACAAAAGAGCAAUUGGCUAACUUGCGUUGCAAAUGUCUGCUAGCUUAAAUGCUAUAAAAUACUAAUGUUUUUUAACAAUGUUCAUAACAAAUUGUUCAAACACAUAUUCUGCUAAAGUAAAAAAAAAAAAUGAAUGAGGAUCUAAGUACAACACAAGAACAAUUGGCUAACUUGCAUCGCAAAUGUCCGUUAGCUUAAAUGCUAUAAAAUGCUAAGUUUUUUAACAAUGCUCAUAACAAAUCGUUCAAACACAUAUUCUGCUAAAGAAAAAAAAAGAAUGAGGAUCUAAGUACAACACAAGAACAGUUGGCUAAUUUGCAUUGCAAAGGUUUGCUAGCUUAAAUGCUUUAAAAUGCUAGUUUUUUUAACAAUGCUAAAAAAUAAAUUGUUCACAUAUUCUGCUAAAGAUAUCUAUAGACUACAUUGCAAAUGCAUAAAAAUCAUACAAAAAAAGAACAACUGGCUAACAUACGUUGCAAAUGUCUGCUAGCUUAAAUGCUAUAAAAUGCUAAUGUUUUUUAACAAUACUCAUAACAAAUCGCUCAAACCCAUAUUCUGCUAAAGAUAGCUAUAAACUAAAUUACGAAUGCAUAAAAAACAUUUGCUCAAACAAAACUUAACUUUUGUUGGUUUUAACAGGAAGCAGCUGGAUUCAGCCAUGUUAGAUGAGUUGUGUCUUAGUCACUGUUGCCACGAGAGGGACGUGUAUCCAACCAAAUCAAUAAAACAAAAUGCAACAAUGUGAAAACAAACCAUUACAACGGCACUCUAAUUAAACGAAUCUUUGAAGCAGCAAAAUUUCAUUCGAAGAUUUUUUUUCUAAUUGAAUUAGUCGAGUUAAUCGACUAAUUGUUGCAGCACUAAUAAUCAAUUAUUAUAAUACUAGUAAUAAGUAGUAAUUAAGCAAGUAAUAAGUUAAUACAUGCUUUUUUUUUUAAUGUUAGAUUUUUGUAGAAGGUAUAGCAUUUUCAAGAGGGGUGUGUAUACUACUUUUGUCCAAUUUUUGAAACUGAUAGUUAAGCCUUAAUACCCUACCCACACAUUGUAUUUACAUAAAAACCAUAAAUUAAGUAAAGAUUUUUUCCCCCCCCCAUCAAGUCCAGUUAUACAGUUGAAUCCUAUUGUCAAAAUGGCUGCCGGAGAACCUUUCAAAAACCGAAAAUGGUUCCCCACCCGCACCCUCAAAAAGUUCAAUUGGAAUUCAGAAUUUGUCUUUUCAAAACAUACAUUUUUACGUUUUACACACUUAUGACAAAGGAAAAAAAAUCAAUGAUGUCAGGUCAACAGGGUCCAAUCAGAGACAGUGUUUAAUAUUUUUUCGCAAAUUAUCCACAAUUAUUUGAUGAUUUUGGGGGGGUUUUCGCGAUGACUUACAAUGAAUGGUCCAAUUAAUUUAAACGGGAAGGACCGGCUGUGAAUGAUAAUCCUUUAGUGCCAUUGGCAGUAGAUUUGUUCAUUCGUCCCCUUCCAGUCACAAUAGAUUUAUUAAAGUUAACUGAAUAACAAAAAAAGUCAUAAUUUGUGCAUGACAAGAAAAUAAGGGACGAAUUGGACGUCUAGCACCGUCAAUGGCAGCCAAUGAGUUAAUUUCCACUUUUUGUGAUUAUUCAAUGCUUAAAUUAUUCAACGCUAAUACAAAUAACCUGCACCAAGGACUUUUUGACUACAUUACAUUGGCGUAUAUUCUUAAUCCUCUGUCAAGAGCAGCUAAUAAGACUCUCCAAUGAAUUUCUGAAAAAAACACUGUUUUUGAUUGAAUCAAAUUAGCCUUCUUGAGCCAUUUUUAGCGCUUUUAUCCCAGCCCGUCGCAAAAUGACUUCCAAAGAACGCGGAAAAGCCAUGAGCGGGCAACGAUCACUUUCCUGAACGACAACUUAGCCUCCUUUUAACGCCCUUUUGUAUCGUCUGCCAAUUUCCUAGCGUUUAAAAAAACAAAACAAAAAAAACAAAUAAAAAGCUAGCAUAUUGCCUUAGAUCUUGUGCGCUCUUGUAUGAUACAUGGCCGUGUGUAUACAUUUGUAAAAUGACUUGUACAAAACUACCGGGUGCGACAUCAUGAUCCACAAAGGAAGCGCUAUUUCAUGUAUUAUACUAGAUUUCUUGUUUGCUUUUCCACAGCUGGUGUGAAUGCAUCCCGCAUUGUUCACAAGAAUCACACUGUACCCCCCCCCCCCCCACCACCACCCUUUUGUGUGUGUGUGUGUGUGUGUGCGUGCGCACGUGUGAGAGCGUUUUAUGCAAAAGUAACGUCAAACCACAGGAGAAGUUAAAAACCACAGUUAUGCAAGUUGUGAACUAAUAUGGCUUCGCUGAUGCUAUUUGCCUUGUAAAUAAAGAAUUCUGUUAUUGA